CCUCAUCAGAUGGCCAAUCGAGUUUUGUCGUCCCUUCAUCAUCCCAUCUAGUUACAUUCAUCAUGGUUGGCUCCAUGGGAUGUGGAUUGAAUACACUUUGGUAUAUAAAAUCUUGAAAUUCCUUCGAUGCUUCAUACUCUAGCUCCUCGAUCUUCUCUUGCAGCGACUUGACCUUGUACUAGCUAUCUUGUGUGCCAUUUGUGCUAACUUCAAAUACAAAGUUGGUGGAGCUUCUUUCAGUUUGUCUUCCCAGUUUAGAUCUCCAUCUUAAAGAUGAUAUGCUGUGUGUAAGGAAUCCUCAUGUGGAGAUCUUGAUAGAGUCUUGGUUUCUAUCUCCAGCUCCGUCUCUUCAUUCUCCUCAAAAUCAUUAUCGUUAAUGGUAUGCUUUGCAUGCUUGUCUUCAAUAGACCCCUCAUUAUUAGAUGCAUGAUCUCUCAUUUCGCCGCAUCAAUCAUGGCACUAGAAGUGGCCAGAAAUGGUCUACCAAAGACCAAGGAGUAUGGGGUCUCUAUCUCCAUCUUGAUCAACAUAUAGUCUAUAAUUAUCUCCCAAAGUGGCAUGACAUUCUCUUCUCCUCCUAAAGCUUUUAUCAAUUUAUGCACAAUUGAGGUAUGUCGAGAGGCUUCUUCAUGUAUGGUCAGCUCCUUCGCCGAGGUUGUGUAAUAAUCUUUGUCCUUCUUCAUGGCAUGAGAUGGCUUUGUUGUAUGGGCUUGAGCAGACUCCAACGUCUUUGUCCAUGUAUCCUUCUUCUCUCCUUGAAUGGAUACCUCCCUCUAUCUUCCUUACGUUGAUGCUUCUUCUUUCUCCUGCACCAUCUCACAAGGAUGGGUCUUCACAAAUCCUUCUUCCUUGAAAAUCUUCUUGGAAUUGUUCUCCCACGAUUUGUUGCACCGAAUUUGCCUAUGAGCGCUCUUGAUCUUCGUGAGUCAAUGUGAGGAAAAAGAAGAGGAUUCCCUCAAUUUUAUAGGUGAGCAGAGGGUGGGGGUCUAGGGCAUCACCACCUGUAUCCUCUUUUGAUAAAGACUUUUUCAAGUCCCUCUUCGUGUAGGACAGGGAAAUUCUGUCGCGGGUGGUAACGACAAUGGUGAGUUGGAUCGAACCACCAUCCUUCUUCUUGUUGGUGAUGGAAUGUCUUGAAUCCUUCGUGUUUAGAGAAUAAAACUUAGUGUUAGCUGGAUAGGGUUUCCUAGCGGCGGUGCUGCAACACGUGGAACCAUUGCUGCUCUUCCUUCUUCAUUUCUAAGUUUGUUCUCCGUGUUCUUGAGGAACUUGUCAAAUUUGGCACCAUUGGAUCUCCUUGCUCUAUUUCUCCCCUUUAUUUUCUUAUGGAUCUAAAAAAAAAACAUCAAAGCAACAAAACAUAGGGGAAGCAAAUGCUUCUCCUCAACAAGAAAUUAAAAUUAAGCAAACUUAGAAACCUGCGUUAUCUCCUCGGUAGCACUUUAUUUUACAUCUUAAGUUGGAUGCCAGGCAUGGGUUGCCUCUCAUGAAUUGCUCUUUCUUUUAUGCCUUUGAGCUAGAAAUUGCUCAAUAUUCUUCAAGGUCCCUAACUUAAGGCUUCCUUGAAGUCCAUCAUCUUGAUUGCAGGCUCCAUGUGUGUACCAUCCUUCUUCUUCUUUUGGUUUGAUAGUGAAUCAUGAAGUAGUAGCUACCUUAGUCUCCACCUUGCACUUUUGACCCCACACUUUGAUUUAUAAACAUUAGGUAUGUGGUAAAGGUAACGAUACAAGGAGGGACUCGUGUAUUCCAAUUUUUGGGUUAGAUAUGAUGUUACGGUCUCAUGCCUCUCUAGAAUGUUGCAAAGGGAUCUUCGUCAAUAGUCGAGUGAGGUCUAGCUUGACUCCAUGAUGCAUUUCCACCAAGAUUUUGGCAGUGAUCUCUAAAUUUCCCCGGCCGACUCCAUGUCUCCAUCUCAUCCUGCCUUCUUCUCCAUCGUGGCCCUGUUUCUCUCUAUCAGAUUAUGUCAAUUGCUAUACAAGGAAUGGGGUUUCCUCACUACCUUCUCUCAAUGAAGGCACACAUCAUGGGAAAGAAGAGAUUCCAUAUCUUCCGUUUCUUGGAUCUUCAUAAGAAGAAGCAUCCAGUUCCCGAGUCGGUAUGGCGAUUAGGAGCCAAACUACAGCUGCUAUGAUUUCUGAGCUCGGUCUAAAACAUGCCUCUAGAUCUGAUGCAGCAGUUCCCCAUUCAAAUCACGAAAUUUCAUAUAUGUGGCCUCAUCUUCAUCUCCAACAGCCUCCAUCUAUAACUUUCUCCUCAACUGUGUAAGAUUAUGAUGCAAUUGAAAAAGGUAAUUGUAUCCUUUUUAAUUGCAAAUGGGAGUGCUUGCUCUAACCCCUUUUUUGUAUAUCAUCAUGUUGCUAAUCUCUUUGUUUCAUCAUGCAAUACACCUUCCCCUAAGAUUCCCACGUCUCAACAACUUUCAGACCUAUUUUAUCCAUCAACGUUUCCACUUGAGUUUGGGUUUGUGGGUUGUCUGGUUUCAAUUGACUGUUGCUUUUCUAUUGAGUGUGGGGGCUAUGUUUUGUUGGUUCAUUCUACAGGUGAAGGUGCUUAUAUAUGGAAAACUAAUUGCAUCUCUAGUCAUUAUCCUAUUUUUAAAGUUGUACUCAGAGAAACACAGAUUAACAUGGUAAUUCCUCGACUUGUGAGGGUUUUACCUUUAUAUGCAUAUUUUUGGGGUGUUGUGAUUAGUUUUUAUAGGUGGGUAUUUCUCAAUUUCUUGUUCUCAAAAGCCAAAUUUAGUAAUUUACCCAUAACCUGUACUUGCAGGAGUCAAUUGUAUUAUGGAGCUGGUGAAAGAUUACACAAUGAGCAUAAAGUUUUCAAGGCUAGUGACGAGGGAGUCAAUUGUGCAUUAUGUUGAUAAUGGUGAUAGUGAUUGGGGAAAGGAACCUGAAGAACUAAGGGGCGUUUAUAAAGUUAUUGUGUUGUUCAAACUCAUAAUUUUGUUGGUUAUCAUUGUACUAUAGGUUUUAUCCAUUUAGAAACAUUUUUUUAUGUAAGCACCAAAACUGAUUGGCUUCAAUAAAAGGAAAAAAAUGGUGGAUUUCAUAGAAUUGAAUUGGUAAGUAAAUAAGUGGUAGUCGAUUAUGCUUAAGAAAUUUUUUGAGACAAAUAUAAUAGUCUCGAAUGACUAAGAUUAAGAACAAAACAAAUUGACUCUAAAAGUCAAAUUGGUGACAAAUAUUUAUGUCGGGAAAAUCUAAUAUAUAAACAAAAGAAUGUCUCUAAAGGUAAAAUGGGAGACAAAUAUUUAUAUCUUUAAAUGUGCAUAUAGAGACUAAAUAAUCGUCUCUAGAAAAGUCUUUAGAGACUAAAAUAUUAGAUGAAGUUUUCUCAAUCAGUAACAAAUAAUAUUUGUCUCUAUAUUUGUCUCUAUAAGGCUACUGCAACUGCUCUAAAGGAGACAAAUAUGGUAUUUGCAUCUAAAGAAGUAUAGAGACAAAUGAGUAUUCAAUAGAGACACAUUUUCAUUGUCUCUAUAGUCCAUUUUUCUUGUAGUGGAUAAUGGUAAGACUAGAAGGAAUAGAUAAGCGUAGUCUUAGCCUCAAUGCAACUAGUACAUGAGAAAUUCGACUAACACUGACCAUGGGUGUUAGCCCCUAAUAACUGUUGUUUAAUCAUUUUCAUAAGUCUACUAGAGUUUAGAUGUCCUAACCGAGCAUGCCAUAAUUGAAAAGUUUUGUCUGGUAGACUCGAAAAGACAGUAGGAACGAAGGUGUGAGGUGACGAUGCCGAUGAUGAUGAUGGGGGACAUAGCUGGUCGAGCACAAAGAGACACCCCGUCUUGCUACCCCUACUAAUCUCCCUCCCGAACUUUGGAUCCUGGAUAACACAACCAAAAGGUGCAAAGGUAACACGGUAUCCCUGGUCACUAUGUUGACCUACAUAAAUUAAGCUUGGAACCAACUUCGAACCAUGAUACGUAAAAGGUAAAACAAUAUCAGAAUUACGAAUUAUCCCCAUGCCAGUUACACUUAGCUUCUCGUCAUUGGAGACUUGAAGAGAUACAUCAGUUACAGGCUGUAGUUGCUUAAGAGCAGAAACAUCACUAGUCAUAUUGUUAAAACAAGCAUAAUCAAGUAUCUAGUGAGGGAACUUACCAGAAACCUAAAGACUGGCAAAAGCGGUGGACAUAGCCUUGUUGACCAUUUGAUCGAGAGUUGCCGGAGUCACUACACUAGGACACCCUUCAAACCAGAAUUAUCACCAAUGGGCUGUGUGGCAUAUGCAGUUCGAGUAGUAGAGGAGCCUCCCCGCGACCCUCAUCUUCUCGGAACCGACCCUCCAAACCCAGACAAGUAGAGAUUAUAUGUCCAGUCUUUUUGCAAUAGUGGCAAAUGUUUCUUUUGCGGCAAUAUUCUUCUUUGUGUGGCCUUCUUCGUGACAAUGAAAACACUCGACAUCAGAGUUGGAAACGCGAUGCUGAAAAGAGGCCCAAUAUGAUGCAGAAGCCGAAUCACCCAGCUGGUCAGCUUAUUCCCGCGAACCAGAAAAGCAAUUUCCGCCACCACCACCAGCUGUGGAAGAAGGCGGAAGAGACGAGUUGUGCGUGGCGUUGAAGAUAGCCGCCCCAUCGCCUGUACCGGGUCGGAUAUCGAGCACAACCUGUGUACGUAACCUCAUUUCUUCCUGGAUCAACGAGCUCAGUACCCCUUCAAUCUUCAGGUUAUAACAAUUGAGCAAGGAGGAACGUAUUGGCUCAAAGUCCUGAUUGAGCUGCAUCAAAAACCACAUAAGACGUAUCUUCUCCCCCGCCGAACCUGUAGUAGUGAGAAGAGAGGCCAUAACAAGAUAUUGCCCAGCCCAUAGAUUACGAGUGGCAUUAUAGUAUCAUGUCACAUCCAUGCUGCCUUGAUAAAGAGAGGGAAGCUCUACCUCAAUUUCGUAUUGGCGAGAAGCAGUAGCCGUCCUGUACAUGUCGGCCAGGUAUUUCCACAUGGUUGUCGCGGUUGGAAGCAUGUGAAGACGAGGAUGAUAGUGGCAUCAACAGAAUUGAGGAGAAUCUUACAAACCUUGGCAUCAUUCAAUGCCCAUUGAUGAACUUGGUCGACUGUUACGGGUGGGGAAGAAGGCCGAGCAGCAGUCCCAUCGAGCCAACCAAGAAGUCCCUUCCCUUCAAUCAAUGUUCGAAACUGAAACUCCUAGAGUGCAUAAUUCUUGGAGUUGAGACGAGCCGUAAUCUGUUCAGAAGUUAUUGGCUCUGAUACCAUGUUAAUCGAAACGGAAAUAUAGAAACAUAAAUUGG